GCGUCAUCGUUCUGGAACCUGCCAUGGGCUCCAUCCGGGUGAGCGAGUCAAGGACAAAGCAAUUGCGCCAGUGCCUUGCAAUCCAUAUUGAUCGCUAGCAUUGCAUCUUCAUGUUUCUUCCAACUCUCUCAAGAUCCUCCUUGCAAGACUAAAGUGCCAUAAGACUGUCCUAAUACAAAGAUUUCCUAACACAACUUGGUCACCCAUCAACGGACAACUGUUUGUCAGCGUCGACAGCGACCUUUGAGCAUUGUUUACCCCCACAUCCCAAAACUGAAUUGCUCUGUGAAUACACGAAUUCGAUGAAGGUACAAUACCGCGACCAGCCUCUAGACUUGGAGGAUAUCGCAGACGAGACGAUUGCCGACCUCGCAACAAGAUGCGCUUCACACAUCGGAGCCCAAGUCGAGCGAGUGUCCCUCUUCUUCUUACCCAAACCCGGCUUAACCAGAUACCCAUUUCCGGACCGCAGGCUAGUUGAGUUUCUCACGCCUGCGACUCGGAUCAAGCUUGUCGGUGCGCCAGAUGGCGAAGUCAAGAAGAUGGAAGACAUGGGCGCAGCCAGCCGUCGGUCGGUGCGUCCCGAAAAUUCCAAGGCAGUCAAAGUCAACAAGAAUCGCGACUGGAAGAGAAUUCAAGAGGAUGCCAUGUACACAUUCCACGCCAUUGAGCCGUUGAGUUAUCUGCCCGAUCCUGAAAAGAGUCGACGGUACCUCGAGCGAUUGGCCAAUGACCCUGGCAUCAAAGCGGCGAUGCGAAAGCACAAAUUCAGCGUCGGUCUGCUGACAGAGAUGAACCCUGCCGAACAUACCACACAUGAGUCCAAGACACUAGGGCUGAAUCGAAAUGCCGGGGAGGUGAUUGAACUUCGAUUACGGACCGAUAGCUACGACGGAUAUCGCGAUUAUAAAGUCAUCAGGAAGACACUCUGUCACGAGUUAUCUCACAACGUAUGGGGUGAACACGACCGUAAUUUCUGGAACCUGACCAAAGAAAUUGAACAAGAAGUUGAUCGCAAUGACACGCUCCACGGAGGGCAUCGCUUAUCGAAUGAAGAGUUCUACAAUCCUGGAGACUCAUAUGAUGAUGUCGAGCACGCAGAUCAUGGAGGGUGGAAAGGUGGUGACUUUGUUCUGGGGAGGUCAGAGGGCGCUGCGAGCGAUGAAGGCCUGAGUCGAAGAGAGAUCAUGGCGAGGGCAGCGAUGAAUAGACAGCGCAAAGAGCGCGAGGCAAAGGAGCACGCGGAGCCCGGCUCUUCGUCAUGAGAUGACAGAAAGUGCGCCCAUAUAUCUGUUGAUUUCAAGCAAGGCUCAAUGAGGGAUUUUAGCAUGGCGUUGGGUAAUGUUUGUUCGUAAGUACUAUGCAUAUCUACCUAUCUUUAGAUAGCUUUGCACGCUCUGAAUGUCAUGAGUCCAGGUGACUGAGUGGUGACACACCGUGUAGGCUCCUCUGGGCCAAAAUCAUGAAACUGGCUUUUAGAGGUAAGCCAGUAUCAGUGGAUCGCCGCACUCGUGUUUAGGAUUCAAGCGACAAUUGGUUCGGUGGCCGAAUUCUUAACAUGUCAACUGAGGGAUCUUGUGGUGUGGAUACUGGAUACUGGAUCCUGGAAGUGUGGUGCAAAGACGCCCGGGUAAAGCCAAGUCCAGGUGACUCCAUGUAAGGUUGGGUGGUUGGGUGCCAAAUCGGUCCAGGCCAUUCCGGUUCAAUUCGAGAAAAGAUCUCCUCUAUCACUCCCACGCCUCUUUUUCUUGACAGAGUGUUGCCAUUUCCAAGUAGCUCUCGCAAAGCGGAAAGAAGAUUGAGGUUGCAGGACAGCAUUUCAUUGAGAAAGGUGGUGGGCUGGAUUCACCACAUAUUCCGCCCCCAAUUCUUACCCCAUACUUGAGGAAACAUUAAUCCAGAAAGAAGCGGCUGAAUCGGUCGGCAACAGACCUUUUGCGGCCAUCUUGCAGCAGCCCGGAUCCCCAAAGGGCUAGGUGGGUAGAUGGCGAAGCUGGAGCAGGAGUACCGUCUGCGUAAUCCCGAGAGAUGGACUAUUAAUAAGUAUCAAUCAAAUACCGAAUUGUUCACAACCAGGAUACUGGGACCU